AACUCUGCAGUAAACCAAACAUUCAACCUGGGAAUGUCAGAAGUCCUCAGAGGUUCUGCAGUUUCCUGCAGAAAUCCGAUGCAGCGGUUGUUUCCGCGGCAGGACUCCUGCGGCGGUUUGGACUCUGAGGCAGAUCGUAGUUUGGCUGCGGUUCAACGCCCUGACGUGUCUGCGUGUGACUCCGUGUCCUUGUGAGGCGAGGCGAGCCGUGCAGAGCGUCAUGAACCGGGUCCUGAAAGUUCCAGUUCUGCUGCACCGAGCCUUCAGCAGCUCGGCCCGGCGCCUGAGGAACAAAGUUCCAGAGGCCCAGAAACUCUUCCAGGAGGACAACGGGCUGCCGGUCCACAUCAAAGGAGGAACCAGCGAUGUCCUGUUGUACCGAGCGACCAUGACGCUGACCAUCGCAGGAAGCUGCUACUCGCUGUACUGGCUGCUGGUGGCGUCGAUGCCUCAGAGGAAGCCCUGAAGAUCAGGAAACCAUGUUUGCCGUGUCUGCUGGUUCUGGAUCUCAUCACCUUCUGUUCUCGCAGCAGAACGUAGGUGUUUCUGUCCAAAAUGGUACAAAUUAAACGUUUUCCUCCCCA